AUGACGAUGGGCGGUCUUGAGCAGAAACGGCGUAUGUUCUUUGAUAGAAUGGGAAUAGGCCCCUUGGUUGACUUCACCGCCAACGGUAACCAGUAUCAUAUGGGGUAUUACUUGGCGGACGACAUAUACCUAACUUGGCCCGUUUUCAUGAAGAUGACCAGUUUUCCAACUGAGCUGAAAAGGACUUAUUUUUCCCUACGGCAAGAGGCGGCGCGAAAGGAUGUGGAACAGGCUUUCAGUGUGCUCCAAUCAUGUUGGGCAUUGGUCAAAGGUCCGACGCAGUUCUUCUACGAAGGUGAUAUCACUGAUAUCAUCUAUGUCGCUAUCGUAUUGCAUAACAUGAUAAUGGAUGAUGAAGGUGAAGAAGUCGACAACGUCCCCGUUGAACACAUUGCAGGACCAAGCUACGGUGUCGCUGAUGCACUAUUUAUUUAG